GCGGGGCUCGGGAAGGCAGAGCCGCCCGCCCGGGGCUUUAUAAAGCCCUGCCCACGCUGCUGGGCAUCUCUCUGCAGGGGCUGUGGACUGCUGCUUGGCUUUUUGCUCCUCCAGAAAUGCAGCGACUUUUGGCUCCCGUGAGGCGGGUCCUUCAAGUGAGCCGGGUGAUGCAGGAAGCUUCUCUCACUCCUGCUCACCUGCUCCCAGCAGCCCAGCAGAGGUUCUCAACAGUGUCUGCUGCCCCCUUGGCCAAAACAAACACUUGGCCAAAAGACGUGGGCAUCCUUGCCCUGGAGGUCUACUUCCCCGCCCAGUACGUGGAUCAGACUGACCUGGAGAAGUUCAACAAUGUGGAAGCUGGGAAGUACACGGUGGGCCUGGGCCAGACCCGCAUGGGCUUCUGCUCGGUGCAGGAGGACAUCAACUCCCUGUGCCUGACCGUGGUGCAGCGGCUGAUGGAGCGCACGCAGCUGCCCUACGACGCCGUGGGCCGCCUGGAGGUGGGCACAGAGACCAUCAUCGACAAGUCGAAGGCCGUGAAGACGGUGCUCAUGCAGCUGUUUCAGGACUCGGGUAAUACAGACAUUGAGGGCAUAGAUACCACCAACGCCUGCUACGGUGGCACCGCCUCCCUCUUCAACGCUGCCAACUGGAUGGAGUCCAGCUACUGGGACGGUCGCUACGCUCUGGUGGUCUGCGGUGACAUCGCUGUGUACCCCAGUGGGAACGCCCGCCCCACGGGUGGGGCUGGAGCCGUGGCCAUGCUGAUUGGGCCCAAGGCCCCUCUAGUGUUGGAGCAAGGGCUGAGGGGGACGCACAUGGAGAACGCCUACGACUUCUACAAGCCCAACCUGUCCUCCGAGUACCCGCUGGUGGACGGGAAGCUCUCCAUCCAGUGCUACUUGCGGGCCCUGGACAAGUGCUACGCCGCCUACCGCAGAAAAAUCCAGAACCAGCGGAAGCAAGCUGGAGACGACCGACCCUUCACCCUCGACGACGUGCAAUACAUGAUCUUCCACACACCCUUUUGCAAGAUGGUGCAGAAGUCUCUGGCUCGCCUGAUGUUCAAUGACUUCCUGUCAUCCGGUGGUGACUCACAGACCAGUGCUUACAAGGGGCUUGAGGCCUUCAGGGGCCUAAAGCUGGAAGACACCUACACCAACAAGGACGUGGAUAAAGUUUUUCUAAAGGCCUCUCUAGACAUGUUCAACAAGAAAACCAAGGCCUCCCUUUACCUGUCCACGAACAACGGGAACAUGUACACGUCGUCGCUGUAUGGAUGCCUGGCCUCUCUUCUCUCCCACCACUCUGCCCAAGAGCUGGCCGGCUCCCGGAUUGGAGCCUUCUCCUAUGGCUCCGGCUUGGCAGCAAGCUUUUUUUCAUUUCGAGUGUCCGAGGAUGCCUCUCCGGGUUCCCCGCUGGAGAAGCUGGUGUCCAGCAUAUCAGAUCUGCCACAGCGUCUAGAUUCCCGGAAGCGCAUGUCUCCGGAAGAAUUCACAGAAAUAAUGAACCAAAGAGAGCAAUUCUACCACAAGGUGAAUUUUUCGCCACCUGGUGAUACAAACAACCUUUUCCCGGGCACGUGGUACCUAGAACGAAUAGACGAGAUGCAUCGCCGAAAGUAUGCGCGGCGUCCCAUCUAAAGCGGAUCCGUGGACCUGUUCCUGAAGAAACUAUGUGGGCAGAACUUCUGCCCCCUAAAAUCACAUGCUUACAAUUCCACCCUUAGCUGGUAAAUGAAUGAAUUGACGGCACAGCAGACCCCAUGGGAUUGGCCCUCCCUUAGUGGGUCUUUCGUAACUUUCCCUCCCACAGUUGGUCACAAUGCCAGGCCCAUGGUGCAGUGGACCAGUCUCCCCCCCCCCCCGACCCCCAGCCAGGAAGGAAGGAGGUGGAGGGAAGGAGAGUGACUGCCUGGGGAAAUAGGUCAGGUCACAUUCUCCUUCGAGAUCCAAUAAGCCUUCCUGUCAUUUGUUACAGCUUGUCAUUAUUAAAUUUCUAUGCUGUUAUA